AUGGACACGCUGCCUUCACAGACUACGCAGGCCCCGAGCGGACCUAAGAGGCGCAACAGCGCUCUGAUCAGGAAAAGUCUGUCUGAAUUGCCUAGCAUACGCGACGAGGACGGCGACGAAAGCUACUACAGCCCCAGCGACGACAACAACACCAACAACAACAACCACGACACAAGCUUUCUGAACGAGACUGAAAAGCUACAAGCACUUGUCCACGACCUGACAGACAAACUACGAGACUCUGAACGGCUUGCUUUGGUUCAGGAGCAUGAUCUUGAGUCGAAAUCGCACGAGAUUGAGUACCUCGCCGGCGAGUUAGCUGAUGCCAACCGUCAGAACCAGCAGCUCACUCGUGAGCUCGAGCUAGAAAAAAGUCUCGAAAACAAGAAAUGGGCAGAGUUUGUGCCAUCUGCCACCCAAGUCGCUCUUCCACCCACACCAGACAACGACAACCGCACCUCGGCCUCGUUCUCGCCCGACGACCAAUCCUCCCGAACCCCCUGUGCAAACUGCGCGAGCAACCUGCGCGAGGUGGAAAACCUGCGUCUAGAUCUGGCCGAUAUCCACCUCAAGUUACUGGCGGCCGACAAGGCGCACGCGGCCGAGACCGAAGACCACAGAGCGCAGAUUGAGAAAUACCGCGCCGAGUGCGCGAGACUGACGAGAGAGAUCUCUGAGCUCCAGGAGUUUUUGUCAGAUAAGUUUGAGACGAUAGAUAAAGAUGGUCGGAGAAGAAACCGAAACUCAGGAGCGCCGGCGUCUUCUACCUUGGCCUACGAACUGGACGGGACCGGGCCGGCUUCGAUCGACGACCUGAUCAAGGAGAACCAAAAGCUGCAAGAAACAAACUCGGCAAUGACGGAAUACAUCGAGCGUAUAACGCAAAAGCUACUUGACAGUGCCGGGCUCGAGUAUCUGCUCGAGUCUGAGUCUACCGCCUCGACCCCUCAGAUGCCUAGCUCUACCUCACCUGAACUCUCACGACCGCCGCGAGAGCAGCGAAUUCCGUCGGGAUCUGACUUUCUUUCGGUGUCUGGCCCGCCCCCUGCUAAAUCUGCAGCAACAUCCCCCCAGAUCUCAUCGUCAUCAACCUCUUCAUCCCGGAGACGCUCCCGCAUCGGAAUCGGCAUCAACAUCGACGUGGCGAACCACGACUCUUUCUCCUCAAGCACCCUUUCCCCUGCCAAAAACAAAUCGCCCAUGACCGGCUCCCCGCACCUAAACCGCUCCGCAAGCACAUCUGCAGCACAGCCAAGUUCGCCAGGCUACAGACGCGUCUCCUCGCACGGCCAAAAGAUGCUUCUCCCACUCCGUCUGACAGACACGAAAUCCUCACCGAACCCUUCGUCGACGUCGCCUAAUCCCCCGCCGCAGCAGUUCGUCCCUCCCGCGGCGCCGCAUAGGUCUGUGUCGGCGGAGAGCACGACGAGUACACCGAACCUCAAUCUGCCAAAGAAGAAGCGGAGCAGCUGGUUGAAUAUCUUCGGCGGGUCGCCUGUCAUUGGGAAUUCGCCGACAUUGCAGACUCCUUCAACGCCUACAGAAGAUCAGAGUCGUCAGCAGUAG